GCCAACAGAACGUCAGCGCGCGGCAGAGUCCAAAAUCACGGAUCCCCCUUGGCCAAUGUUCGCACAGCCCAGAUACCUCCGUACAGCUGACUGCGUUAUCAGUGAUGAGCAUGCACAGGGUGACCACGUUCUUGACGUCCCUCGACGUUCCUGGGAUGCGCUUGUGGCUGUCAUGGCCGCACUCUGAAACUAAGAAACUGGUUUUGCUCAGAAGCUUGAAAGUCGAAGCGUCGCACCUCAACACAAAGAGACCACCGAUCUUGUCUUCUGUGCUUUUGCUCGACCGCAAAUUUCCAUAUCCACUAUUCCGUCCGCCUCAACCGUAUACGAAGGACUCGCCACGCGCUUUUCUAACGGUUCCUGAUGGGCUGAUAGACGCGAGCGGGAGCUAACGACUCUAAAUACUCACCAGUCACGGCUAAUGCCUAUGGCUGCAUCGCGAUAAUUCGGUCCAUCUCCGUAGCGCCAUUAUCAAACACGCAU